AUGUCUUCCUGCAACAUCCCCGGACGACUCUACGAAAGCAGACGUGUUUGGGAAGGUCAUAUCAAACAAGACCAUCGCAACACUCCCUUCAACUUCCGAUGUCCUCUAUGUCAGGAGGGACGGUUAGAGCACAACAUAAGCCACCAUAUCGCGCGACACCUUCAAGAUGUUGCCUUGUUUGUCCUGCCGCCAUCCUCCUCAGAUGAACGAGUGUCUGAUACUCAGACAGAUGUUGCUGGCACUGAGACUGAGUUAUCAAUCGAACAAGAAGACCAACCAGCCUCACAAAUAGCCGCAGCCUCAGCGAUUCACAAGAAACUUGUCGGCGAGGGUAAAAGCCAUCAAACAACGUCCAAACUAUCAAAAGCUGAGAGGGAGUUAAUGAGUACCCACCAGGAGACAAUUGCAAUGCAAGAGCGGGAGCAUGCAAGACUUGCCAAAGUUAAGGAGACUGAGAGUGAAGCACUUGGCACUCAUCGCAAAGACGAGGAAGAGGUUUUAUCCGUCGUCGAGAAUCUGGGAGCUGAGAUACUUGUUGAGCCACUUGAACCAUUUCCCGCUAAUGAUGAGGAUGUGCAAGAGAUGCAGAGACAGGAAAUGGAGAUAAGGGAGGGGCAACUCAUGCUGGAGGAAGAAGCCCUUGAUUCGUCGUUCGAGGCGUUGCCCGGACUAGCGGCGAUCCAAUCCAUGGAAGAAAAAGCUGAAGCGGCCAGGCAAAACAUGGUAGAGAAGCAGAAUUUGGAAUUAGAGGGCAAGAUAGCUCUCCAAGAAAGCGAUCGGGAGAUUGACCGAAUCAUGGUAGAGGAAGCCCAGGGAAAGGAUCGCCUCCCCAACCAUGGCAUGAGGCAAGAAGACGAGGUGCGCAUCAGAUCACAGGGCGAGAAGCAUAUUACACAUCACAAGACAAUGACUCGGCUUGAUGAAGAUGAUGCAUACGCGCCGUUGCGCCCAAAGCUCUUUGGGAGGACUACGCGGUAUAAUCGAAAGGACGACUCGGUCGAAUACCUAAUCGAAGGAAGAAGAUCUCGAACCUACCACGCAGCAAAGGAUAUCUAUACGUUGCCAGAUAAUAACGAACUCGUCGAGGGCAAGUAUCUCAGCGAGCCUCCUGGGUCUGAGCAUCAGCUCACAGAGCAUGACGAUGACGAGCUGAAACGAAUGACUGAGGAAUUGACUCAAAUGCUCGCCAAGGAGAGAAAGGACCGUAUCGAGGCAGAAAGAACCAGCACAAUUGCUGGGGAGAAAGCCAAUAGACUCGAGGCUGAUCUGGCGCAUGAACAACGCCAAAGAUCUCUCGAGGAGCGCGAACGUGCUGCGGCUCAGCGAGAACGUGCUGCUGCUCAGCGAGAGUUACGUCUUCGGGAGGAAGAAGAGCAUCGCUCACGCGUCGAAUCUCGUCCGUCGGUCGUCAUUCACAAUCCUCGCAUUUAUCAUACAAGCGUCACAGAUCAUGUUGACACCAAAACAGCACUGGGUCGAGCGAUGGUUGAUGCUCGAAGAAUUGAAGAACGGCGAGCAAAGCCAGCGAUAGACGCCCCUUCCGAUGGAGAGAAAUCACCAGAGUAA